AUGAAAGAGGUAGAGCCAAAGUUGCCAGGAGAGCAACUAGCUCUUAAGAAAGGAAUCUGGGGCUGCACGCAUGCCCACAUACUGGACCAGACCAUAGUGAGACAUGCGAAGAAAUCAAAGAAAGAGUUGCAUAUGCUUUGGGUCGAUAUGACCAAAGCGUACGACUCUAUAUCGCACCAAGCUCUACUAUGGUGUCUGCGACAGUGGCAGCUGAGCCCUUCCAUAGUGAACUUGCUGGAAAAAUUAAUUAAAUGUCAAAAAGUGCGAUACUUUGGCAAGGUUGCCAACCAACAGGUAAGCAGUAAGCCGUUGAGCGUCCGGAAUGGCCUAAUGCAAGGCGAUUCGCUCAGUCCGUUACUCUUCGUAAUGGUAAUAGCGCCAGUCUCGUACUGGAUUCGAAAUAAUAUUCAUCCGUAUGAAGCAAGGACAGCCCCCAACACGCAAUCGAUGAGAAAUGAUAGACUUCGUCUGAGCCAUAUCUUCUACAUGGAUGACCUGAAGGUCUACGCUAAUUGCUGGGAGCAAUUACUCAAGGCAAAACAGGGGAUAGAAAAAGUGGCAGCAGAACUGGGCUUGGCAAUGAAUGCUGCAAAGUGUGCUAUAAAAUCAAUGAACCACCUGAACAGGUGGAUGGAAACUGCCGAGGAACCACACAAUGUUGAGAGUAGUACUGACCAGAGUCUCAGAGAUGAGCAUCGCUCGCCCAUGCACCUACCGCAAGAAAUUGGACAAAUCCCGGUACUUGGUGCCACUGGUCACUACAAGUACCUGGGUAUCGAACAGAAUGCGCUUGCGGAUGUGCAUGACCUUUGGCAGCGAACUGAAACAGCUGCAUUAGAAACUGCAAGAGAAAUACUUGCUAGCAAAUUGACUAUCGGUGAAAAAAUUAUAGGCAUCAACACUAGAGUGAUGCCAAAGAUAAGAUAUGCAACAUCAUGCAUAAUCUUCGGCAAGGGUAAAUAUCUCUCUAUGAAGAAGCGAGCCAGAGAAUUUGACCUUAAAAUGCGUCAAAUUAUGGUGGAGACCAGGCUGCGGUUCCAGUAUAGCUGUGUAGCUAGACUCUAUGUUAGGAAAGAACUAGGUGGAUUUGGAAUAAAGACUGCAGAAGAAGAAGUAGAGCACGCCACAACAUACGCAUGGUGCUAUCUUGUCACGAGCCCAGAGCUUUCGUUCUCAUACCGAUUUGCGGAGUCACUAACUAAAAGUGAUAAAAGAUCACUUGACUCAGACUUUCGCUCAGUUUUGCAGGCAAAUGAUCUUGAAAGUAGAGUCGGUCCCACGGGAGAAGCACAUAUUAGCGUUGAUGGUACGGAAUACAGGCAGGCACGAGUGGCAGCCAGAGCCAUCACACGAUUAAUUCGGAACAGGUGGGAGAAGCUCUAUGAAAGCGAGUGGAGAAGUAAGAUCACGGCCAGCCGAGUGAUAACUCCAUUAAAUCGGACCAAUGCUGAUGAUGAGAUAGCAAUCAGAGACUCGUUCCUCUGGUUAACAACUGGAACAAUUGUCGCCAGAACUGCUAGAAAUAUUGUGGCCACACAGGAAGCAGCCCUCCUAACUAGAGCAAGCCCAGCGUUGUCCCAAAGCCAGCAGACGGUCCGUGAACAAUGUAUAAGGGAGUUGUCUCUGGCGAAAGCAUGUCGUUUCGGUUGUGAAAGAGAUGAAACCGCCGAGCAUGUAGUUGCAGAAUGUGAUCAUUGGAGAUCAAACUUGAUGAUCGAACGUCAUGAUGCAGUGGCAAGAGUGGUCCUUAAAGCUCUUAAAAGGAAGUAUUCAUUAGAGAAGAAGUAUCAGGAUGACAAUAAUGACAUUGAUGUAAUCGAUGAAAACAAUAUUGUCAUCUACUGGAAUAUGCCAAUCAUAACAAGAGACAAUAUCAGACACAAUAAACCAGACCUAGUGGUUUGGCAAAAACAUAGACGGAAAAUCUGGAUUAUAGAAUUUGCCGUUUCGUGGUAUGUGCGAAUAGCCGAAGUUGAAAAGAUUAAGCUAUACAAGUAUGGUGUCAAUGGCACACUACCGCAAGAUGUGCACUCGGAGCAAUACUUUCAAGGUCUGAACCUAAAAGAUGCCCUUAGGAAAGAACGGAAUUGCGAGGUUCAGGUGAUUCCGCUCGUGAUAGGCACUUGUGGAGAAUGUUCUCCGAAACUUCGUAAAAAUAUAGACUUGCUCGAGCUCAAGGAAGACACAGAUCAGAUCAUAACAAGAAUGGCCAAGAUGGCAAUUCUAGGCACCGACAAAAUAAUCCGAUGCCACCUAAGUACCUAG